GUGACCAAUUCCGUGACAGUUCGUUGAUCCGUGGUGAAAAAUAGGAGCUAAUUACACAUUUCGAUAUUUUUUUUUUAUUAAAGGGCUUUAAACCAAAGUUCUGGGAAGCAUUGAUUAAUUAGACUUUUCCAUUGCGUGUUUUUUAAGAGGAAAGAUCUAAUUAUGAAUGCUUUUCAGAGAUGUCCCAAUACGUCGGAAUUGGAACCCCUAUAUCUGCCACAGCAGCUGUACUUGAGGCCUAUGGCGAAGCUCAAUAUUUCCCUGCAGCUGCCCAACGUCAAGAAACUAGGCAAAAGCAUCUCCCACUGGGAGAUUAUGGACAAACUGAGAGAACUGAUACGACCUGACGAGUUCACAGUGUUAAAAGUUACUAAAACAACUAUUGAGUUUGUUAGAUUUGAAGCUGAAGUGGAAAAACGGGCCAAGUUGGAGCGCGUAAUCUCGAAAAUUGACAAUAAAAUGAUUAAACUUAAAGACUUUAGGGAUUUGAUGAGGGUAAGGGCAGCAGAAUACCGAUCUGAUUUCCCUAAUAGGAAAGUGUGGGACGCAUUCUUCCAAGAUAUCCGAAACAUGGACGAGAUGAAGCCCGGGCUUCGUCCCGACACAGUGCAUAUAUCCAACUUGCCAACAAAAUGGUUUAUUAAAUACCAUUUAUCGAAUGAUGAAGAUAUGACUCCAUCAGAAAAAAUAUUCUAUAGGAUAUUUGAAAAGUUUGGUAACAUACGUAAUGUUGAUAUACCCACUUGCGAUCCGUACCGCAAAAAAAUGAAGGAACAAAUCUCGGGCUUGAAACAUUCUUCCUUUGAUAAAACUGAUUUUUUUGAAGGUUAUGUGCAGUUUAAAGAUUACAUCGGCUUUACAAAGACUAUGGACUUUUUCCGUGAUAAAAAAUUAGUGCGCAAGGAAGACGAGGAUUUUGUUGAAGUGGAAAUUAAAGUGGACUUUGAUAGAAGUAAGCAUUUGAGCGAUGGGUCCAUUAGGAGAAGGGAAAUAGUAAGGGAUCGACUCGUAAAGAAAGCUCGCGAGCAAGAGGAGCGUGAUAAAGCAGCGUUGGAAGAAAAAAGAAAAGUAGAGGAUGCCGAAAGGAGAGAGGCGGAAAACUUAAAAAACCAGAAGGAGAUUCGCAGGCGUUUGAGGGAGGAGAGGCGCAAGGCGAAAAUACUCAAGAAACUAGAGGUGGUUGGUUCAGACGAGAUCAAUGAAAAGAUCGCCAGGGAGGAGAAGAAACUGUUGAAAGCCCAGCGCAAACUGGAAGCUAUCCGUCUCGUCGAAGAAUUAUUUAAAAGGAUCAAAGAGAAAAGCGAUGGCAAUGUCCAGCACUAUGACGGCAUGCCCAACCGCACCGGUGAUGAGUUGAGGAGGCUCAAAGACACCAGCGAAUUGAAUUUCCUAACCCAACGCGAAAAAUUGCACCACGCAGUCAAAGGGCGGGUCAUGUUGAAAACCAUACUAUCUGAGAAGUCCGUAAAGACGCAAUUUUCUUCCAGUUCCGAUUCGGAAUUGUCGCUGGAAGAGACGUCGGCUAAAAGGAAAACCGUACCGCUUCAGCCCGCGGAAUUUAUGUACGGGUUUCCUUACCAACCACCCAUAUAUCCUGGUUUCAUCCAACCGCCGGGUUUGUAUCCGGAAAUCGACAUCUAUGCCCUCUACAGGGGGCGGGGCAUGUCGAGGCCCGGCUCGUCCAGGGGCGGCAGGCGAGGCAGGGGUGGCCGUUUUAGAGGCAAUUACAGGGGUAACAACAGGUACUACCCUCCGGACUACAACAGGUACAACGAACACGACUCCAGGGCCAAGUCGCGUUCAUAUUCGCCUCGCAGAUCAUCUAGGAGGUCCAGGUCUCGUUCCAGGAGACGGUCUUAUACCCGGUCCAGAAGCAGAUCUUAUUCUAGACGGCGUAGCAGGAGUAGAUCGUCGCGACGGAGCAGCAGGUCCCGGCGCUCGAGGAGCAAGUCGAGGAGUCGCAGGUCGAGGCGCGACUCCAGGGAGAAGAGUCUCUCGAGGGACAAGUCGGUCGACAGUUCGAAGUUUAUGACGCCCAGGCAGUUGUUGGAGCAAAAGGCGAGGUCGAGGAGCAAGUCGUGGUCCAUGCCGAAAGAGGGCGGGGUCGGUACUGAGAAGUCGUGGUCGAAAUCGCCGGAAAAGACCAAGGGGAACGACGGUCCAAGCGCCGUCGAGUAAAGCUUUAAGUUUUCUCCAUGUAUUCGUGAUAUUUAUUUAUAAGUGCAAAGUAAAAGUUAGAAAACACUUUUAUUGGUUUACUAUUGUAG